CAAGUAUCACCCAGCAUGACUGGUUUUGAGUGCUGUUCCCCUCCGUAUUCUCUUUAUACGCCAACACUCCCAGGAGUGGCUUAUCUGGACCCAGCGACCUGCUGUUGAAUCGUCACUAAAUAGGAAACCUCCUUUCUCCACUCCGUUUCUGGUCUAUACAGAAGAUAGAAAGCCAUCAACAAGACGAGCAAUAUGAAGACGGCGAUCGUGACAGGCGGCUGCUCCGGCAUUGGUCUCGGUCUUGUCAAGCACUUGCUCUCCAAACCGGACUCCCAAUGGCGCGUCAUUAUUGCCGACCUCCGCCCCGAAGCGUAUGAGAGCAUCAAGUCCAGCCUCGACCCUACCCGGCACAGGUUCAUCGAGACGGACGUAUCCUCAUGGGAUCUACAAGCUGCAAUGUUCAAAGAAGCAUUCACGUGGUCCGAUGGACGCAUCGAUUUCUUCGCCGCUAACGCGGGCAUCGUCGACUCCCCCCACCUUCUCGAUCCACGCCAGGAUGAUCUCGACAGUGACCCUGUCAAACCGAACAUGCACUGUACAGAAGUCAAUCAGAUUGCCGUGUUUUACGGGCUCAGGCUGUUCGUACACUAUGCCAGAGUCACCAACCGGACGAUUAAGGAGGCCAGCAAGCACGACGGGGUAGCGUUCAACCCGAAGAUGGUCAUAACAUCGUCGUGUACAGCGCUGUACCCGUUCCCGAUCGCCGUACAGUACGCUGCGACGAAAGCCGCGCUCGUGUCCCUCGUGAGAUCCGUGGGCAAGAACCUCCUAGCGAGUGAUAAUGUCGCUUUGAAUUGUAUAAUGCCAGGAUACGUGGAUACGGGACUGGUUCCGAAUGAGAUCACAGGGUUGUGGCCGAAGGAGUGGCUGACGCCUUUGAGCACCAUGAACAGGGCUUAUAAUGAGCUCAUCAGUGAGGACGGACGAGUGGCACAGGACGGGAAGAGCGAUGGGAGGGAUGGGAAGGUGAAAGCGGGCAAGGCAGUUGAGUGCUCCGUGGAUAGGUUGUACUAUCGACGAGGCGUGGAGUUUGCGGACAAGUCGCAGCGCUUUUUGAUCGAGGAGUCCUACAAGCCCGAUGGAGUAUGGAUGCGAGGAAUGAUGGAACGCGCGAAGAAAGGAGGGUAUGCUGGUUGACUUACAUACAGAGUACUGCUUGAUUCACCUCGAUGUUCUCAAUUCCUGCUGAGUAAAGGCUGAGUCAUCUUGGCUUCCGAGAAGCCGAGACAGAAGUACCGCCUAGGCCAGAUCAGGCAUAGCUUAGUACGAACCGUUGUCUACCUGGUGGGUG